AUGGAAGUUUUCGAUCCAAAAACUCAGACUUGGGAGUUUGUGAUGUGCCCUCUUGCAGAGAGAUACUGUAGCAGUAGUGUAGACAAGAGCGCAGUGAUUGAAGGAAGAAUCUUUCACAUGUUUCGGAACGAGAGCAGUGUGGUUUACAGUCCAAAAGAAGAUAGAUGGGAACUGAGAAGUGGCAUCUGUAUGACUAUUUUGGAUUUAGGUUGGUCAUGGCUCUCGUAUUGCGUGAUCGAUAACGUACUCUAUUACUGUGAUAUUACAUCUGGACUCAGGUGGUUCGACUUUAAGCGUGGCUGCUGGGUUAAUCUGAAGGGAUUGAAAAGACUGCCUAGGUUUGCUGGUUAUGGCUGUGUUAAAAUUUCGGAUUGUGGUGGGAAGAUGGGUGUUUGCUGGAUCAAGUAUUUCCGUGCUAGCGGAUAUAAGGAGUCGAGGAUUUGGUGUGCGGUCAUUGCGCUUGAAAGACGCAAUGGUGAUGAGGAUGAGGAGGAGAUUUGGGGAACGGUUGAGUUGAUUGAUCCUGUUCUUACAGUUCCAAACUCUUGUAGAAUCGAGUGUGUUCUUGCUGCUACUGUUUGA